UCGACAUAUGACAAACACAUUAGUCAAGUCAAUAAAGAAAAACAGACAUUAGAUACAAAUAUUAUUGGUGAGAGUGAGAAGAAAUAUCACCUGAAAGCUAAGGAAACUUCAUUGAAGAUUCGUUAAUAUUCCGUGCUGACGUUUAACAUGUUAUGCAAUAAAAUUAAGCAAAAUAAAUGAGCAUAUAGAUGCUUAUAGAAAGGGGACGAAACUUCAUUUCAUUCUGUGAACAUUCCAAAUCUCUCUUUGUUUUAUUUUGUUCUCUUUAAUCUCCUUAAUUAAUCAUGAAGAGACGACAUUCAGACAUGGAGAAUGGUCAGGAUAAGCAAUCAUCAGGAUCUGAGAAACGUACAACCAUUCAUGACUGUGCUCAGUCGGGGGACAUUGAUGGGUUUGAGAAGCUACUUCAGGAUAAUCCAUCUCUUCUCAAUGAAAGAAAUGCAAUUAUAUUGCAGACACCCCUUCAUCUUUCUGCUAGUAACAACAAGACAGAGAUAGUGAAAUUUCUGCUUGAAUGGAAAGGAUAUGAUAAAGUUGACUUGGAAGCGAAAAAUAUGUAUGGAGAAACUCCAUUGCAUGUAGCAGCCGAGAAUGGGUGCAAUGAAGCUGCACGAUUACUCCUUGAUCAUGGUGCUGUUGUUGAAGCCAAAACUAAGUAUGGAAUGACACCACUAAUGCUUUCUGUUUGUCACUCAAUUCGAGCUGAAGACUGUUCAAUUGUGGAGACAUUGCUCAAGAAUAAUGCUGAUUGUGAUGCUAGAGAUGAUGAGGGCAUGACUCCUGUAGAUCAUCUUUCAAAAAUCCAAGAAAAUGUGAAGUUGCGUGAUUUAUUACUCUCUCAUCAACAAGAACGACAAGAUAAAAAGUUACUUGAAGCAUGCAGGAAGCAAAAAGAAAAGAUAAAUGCCCUCGAAAAAGAGCUAUCGAAUAUUGUGGGUCUGCAUGAACUCAAGAUGCAACUUCGGAAAUGGGCAAAGGGCCUUCUUUUGAAUGAGAGACGCAAGGCCGUUGGACUUGAAAUCGGCACUGCUGGAAAACUUCCUCACAUGGCAUUUCUAGGAAAUCCUGGAACUGGUAAGACUAUGGUGGCUCGAAUCCUUGGAAGACUACUCUAUGGUGUGGGAAUUUUGCAAACUGACAAUGUAAAAGAAGUUCAACGGACAGAUUUAGUUGGUGAACAUGUUGGUGAUACUGGGUAUAAGACUAGGAAGAUGAUCAAAAAGGCCGAGGGAGGUAUUCUUUUUGUGGAUGAAGCAUAUCGACUAAUGCCGAAGGACACAUGUCCUAGUGACUUUGGGUUAGAAGCCUUAGAAGAGAUCAUGUCUUGCAUGGACAAUGGAAAAGUUUUAGUCAUAUUUGCUGGGUACAAUGAAGCAAUGCAACGUAUAAUAUCUUCUAAUGAAGGUUUCAGCAGAAGGGUUACUAACAUUUUUAAAUUUGAAGAUCUGAGUUGUGAAGAAUUAGCUAAUGUUCUCCAUAUCAAGAUGAAAAAUCAAGCGGAAGAUAGCUUGUUACAUGGCUUUAAAUUACAUUUUUCUUGUACUGUAGAUGUCAUUGCAGAGCUAAUAGAGAGAGUAACAACAGAAAAGCAGCGUAUGCAAAUGAAUGGAGGUUUAGUGGAUAUAAUGUUAAAUAAUGCUAAGGGGAAUCUGGAUCUUAGGCUUAGUGAUGAUUGUGCAGACAGGGAUGAAUUGCUUACGAUCAAAUUAGAGGAUUUUGAAGCAGCUUUGAGAUUUUUACCCCAAUAGAUGUUUCAAUGUUGCUCUGCUUUAGUGUGUUUUUAGCUUGUGUAUCAGUCGAACUUUCAAUUUGUAUAUGCCAUAUAUUUAUUACUCU